AAAUGAGAUGCCCCUGUUGAAUCUGUCAGACUCAGAAACCCUCACACACAGCAGACUACAACAUGUACCCACGGUUCUGUUUCAUCUUUGUUCUGCCACUGUUAACAGAUGCAGUCUCUCUGCAUCAGGUAGUUGAAGGUGUUAAAGGAGACUCUGUCACCCUGAAGUGCAGUGACAGAAAAAUUUUUCUUGAAGAUAAACAUCCGACAGUCCACUGGAGACACAACGACAUCAGGAACGUAUUCGAUAUUAUCCGUGGAAAAGUUUCUAUAAAGGAGCAGGAUCCAGCGUAUAAGAACAGAGCAGAUGUUUUACACGAGGAGCUUAAGGGCCAUGUCUUUCUCAAACUCACCGAUCUUCAGCUCUCUGAUGAAGGAACGUAUCUCUGCUUUGUCCCCGCGUUGGGAAUUUUUCACAGCACACAGCUGGUGGUCAAAGAACCAACAGUACACAAAUACGAAGCCAUUUUAGUUCGAGUUCGAAGUCACGGUACAGGAACAAGGCUGAGCAGGACUCUGCAUCUCCUAAUACCUUUAUCUGGACUGAUUCUGCACUUUAUCUGAAGAGGACUUUCUGGACAAACUUAUUGUCAAUGAUGCACUGAACACACUACAGCAGUGUUCCCCCAAUCAGUGUUCCUGUUGCUCAAUUGGUAGAGCAUUGCGCUAUCAAGCACAAGGUUGGGGUUCGCUUCACCGGGAACACAAAUGUAAUUGUAUAUAUAUAUAUAUAUAUAUAUAUGUGUGUGUUUGUGUGUGUGUAUAUAUGUAAAUAUUUUUUUUUUCUUCUUUUUAAAUAAAAUCAAUACAAAAAAAUCAAUAUUAAAAAAUAGUACAAAAAAUAUAUUAUUAGAAUAAUAUAUA